AUGGCGCAUAACAUGCUUCCAUCGUUCCCUUUCUUCGACGCGCGUGCCACUGACGCCAACAACGUCGGCACCGAGUGGUUGAAGUGGGUGAAACGCUUCGAAAACUUCAUCGUAGCCUGCGGUAUCACAGCCGAUGCCCGGAAGACGGCCAUACUACUACACUACGUGGGGGAAGAAGUGCAUGACAUAUACUGUGCACUACCCGAUCCUCCCGCAGCCGCGUCUACCAUUUCAAGCACCGGUGGCUCCAGUAACGCAACCCCUCUCUACACCGCAGCACGUAGGAAGCUCGAUGACUAUUUGGCACCCCGAGUAAACACUACCUUCGAGGUUUACCGCUUCCGUCAAGCCAAGCAAAUGGAAAACGAGUCGCUCGACGCAUUUUACGCCAGGCUACGACAGCUUGUUAGGCACUGUGCUUUCGCCGAUGACAACACCGAAAUCAAGAAUCAAAUAUUGCUGUCUACAACGUCGACACGUCUACGCCGGUAUGCCAUGCAGCAUGACCUCGACUUGCAAGGAAUUCUCAAACAAGGCAGGUUAUUUGAAGAGGUCGAGCACGACAUCUCCGUGAUCGAACAAGAAAGCCGGCAGUUCACGGGAUCUCCACAGGUGGACGUCAAACUUGAUGGCGAGGACGUCCGUUUUACAAUUGGUACUGGCGCUACCGUGUCUGUCGUCGGUUCGAACAGCUUAAAAAAUCGUCUAAGCAAGGAAACGCUGUCCAAGACAUCUAAGAAAGUAUUUGCUUAUGGGGCAAGUUCACCUUUACCGCUACUUGGAAAGCUUGAUGUUGUCAUGACCUACAAGGAGUGCAGCAGCCAUGAAACUCACUACGUUGUGUCUGGAGACUGUGCACCACUGCUCAGUUUCUCUGCAGCUUCCCGUCUAGGACUAGUCCAGAUCACGUAUAGUGUGGGAGACGUUACCAACAGACUGGAUCCGAGGAUGGCCUACCCAGACCUCUUCAAGGGAGUGGGCUGUCUAAAGGACUUCCAGGUGCACCUCCAUGUUGACCCCAGUGUCCAACCAGUAGCCCAACCUCACAGACGCAUUCCCUUCUCUAUGCGAAAGCCACUGGAAAAAGAGCUCGAAAGGCUACAGUCCCUUGGCAUAAUCGAAAAGACUGAAGGACCAACCCCCUGGGUAUCACCAAUUGUCGCAGUACCGAAGCCACAUGACCCCGAGCACAUUCGAAUGUGUGUUGACAUGCGCUGUGCCAACCAAGCUAUCCAGCGUGAGAGACACGUCACACCCACAGUGGACGACAUCUUUGUUGCUUUGAACGGCUCCAUCUUAUUCUCUAAACUCGAUCUGAAAGAUGGGUACCACCAACUAGAACUUGACGCAUCAUCCCGUGUGAUCACCACUUUCUCCACACAUGCUGGGCUCUUCCGAUACAAGAGACUCAACUUCGGAAUCAACUCGGCAGCCGAAGUGUUUCAGGACACCAUCCGUCAGGUUCUAACUAACAUCCCCAACGUGCUCAACGUAAGCGAUGACAUAUUGGUGUAUGGAAAGACUGAGAAAGAACAUGAUAAGGCUUUGAAGGCCACAUUGGAAUGCCUACUUGCAAGUGGUCUCACACUGAACGUCAAGAAAUGCAGGUUCUACCAACGGGAACUUACAUUUUUCGGGCAUGUGUUCUCCAGCAACGGUGUGCAACCGGACCCCACUAAGGUGUCUGCGAUCUUAGGUGCAUCACCACCUUCCAGCGCCACUGAAGUGAAGAGUCUCCUCGGGCUCGUUAACUACUGUGGUCGGUUCAUACCCAACUUGGCCCACCUCACCCAACCACUCAGGAAACUCACAACCAAAGGAGAGGACUGGUGUUGGACAGACAUACAGCAAGACGCCCUGGACGAACUGAAGAGAAAGCUUUCCGAGGCCACAACUCUCGCCUACUUCGAUCCAGGAAAGAACAUCACACUCAUUGUAGAUGCUGCUCCUCAUGGCCUUGGUGCCAUUCUCACGCAGACAUCCGGAAGCGAAACCAGAGUGGUGGCAUAUGGGAGUCGUGCUCUUUCUCCUGUGGAGGCACGCUACUCUCAAAUUGAACGGGAAAUGCUGGCCGUGGUGUGGGGAAUUGAGCAUUUUCACAUCUACUUGUAUGGGACAGCAUUCCGCCUACUGACAGACCACAAGCCAUUGGUCAGCAUUCUCAGCAACCCUCGCUCCCUGCCUUCAGCACGGCUGGAGCGUUUGGCACUUCGAAUUCAACAAUACACCAAUGAAAUGCAACACACUAGUGGUCCAAGUAACCCAUCUGACUACUUGUCCCGACACCCAGUAAACUCCACGUCACCAUAUCGGUGCAUGGAGUCUGUCGCCGAACAGUAUGUGAACUUCAUUGUGUCUCAUAGCCUGCCUCGUGCCAUGACCAGAGAGGAGGUAACCGAAGCAACGCUCGCUGACCCGGUGAUGAACUCGCUCAAGAAAGCCCUAAAGCAACCCCAGCAAAGCAAAGAUUGGAAGACCACGACUCUGAUGCCCUUCUCUCGCGUUGCGACAGAACUGUCAGUUUCCAAAGAAGGCCUUGUGUUAAGAGGCACGCGGAUAGUACUGCCAGCACAACUUCACUCUAAGGCAGUGCAUCUUGCACAUCGAGGACACCAAGGCAUUGUCAAGACAAAACAGCUGUUGCGUGAGAAAGUGUUGUUUCCAGGGAUAGACUCUUUGGUGGACCAGACAGUUAAGAGUUGCCUGGCAUGCCAAGCAAACACACCAGUACACCAUCGAGAUCCCUUGCCAAUCCAGGAGCUGCCUCGAGGCCCGUGGACUGAACUGUCGUUAGAUUUUGCUGGCCCUUUCCCUGAUGGCAAGUAUGCCAUGGCAGUGGUGGAUGAUUUCUCCAAGUACCCAGUUGUUAGCAUCCUGCACACUCUUGGAGCACCUACAGUCAUCAAGCAACUGCGCUCUGUUUUCGCUCAGUUCGGCUGUCCAGAAGUUGUAAAGUCAGACAAUGGCUCACCAUUUCAGAGUGAGAGUUUUGCAGAGUUCGCCAGUGAGCUCGGGUUCAAGCAUCACCGCAUCACUCCACGGUGGCCAGAGGCUAAUGGGGAAGCAGAAAGAUUCAUGCGCACCUUCAAGAAGUCUAUACUCGCAAGUCGUGUCAGCCACUUGGAUUGGACUAAUGAGCUUCAGUCGUUCCUCCUGGCUUAUAGGUCCACACCCCAUAGUUCCACAGGAAAAUCUUCGUUUGAACUGCUGUUUGGGAGACCCAUGAAGAAUCUUCUACCGACACUUGUCGAUGGUACUCACAACUCGGCUCAGUAUGAGGCCAGACAAGUGGUACGUCGACACUCGGAGGCAUACGAGUAA